AAUAGAAUGGGUGGCCAUGGCCCAUGGUCAGUCCUAUGUGCGGACGGCCACGACCCAUUCUCAGCGAUCCGUCUGCUCUUCUAGCGCAUGAGGAAUCUUCACCGUGUUCCUCACCCAUCAUCGGAUUCAUCCAUUAUUGACACUUUGCUUGGUCCCAGGAGCUCCUCCACAUUAAUCCCCCGGGUGUGGCUGAAUCUGGGGUGCAAUCACUUCUUGAGGGGCGUGGCAUUUCGGUUGACACGGUAGUCUUGAGGGGGUUUAGAUGUGAGAGGCGCUAGCAUUGUUUCUCUUCUCUUCGUACUUGAGGGGUUCGCUAGCUUUGUCAUCGUAGAUUCAGUUUUAGAGGGAGUUUGAGUGGAAUUGGGAAGUAAGGGAAGGCACGAUGAUGAAGAGGGCAGUGUCGCAGCUGGGAGGCACGGUGCGACGCACCCUCGCGCAGCAGAGCAGCAAUGCCUUGCGAGAGACGUCACGACGGUGCUAUGCGGAUGAUGCCGCAAAUCUGAAAAAGACCAUGUUGUAUGAUUACCAUGUGGAGAAUGGAGGCAAGAUGGUACCCUUCGCAGGAUGGGCGAUGCCUAUCCAGUACAAGGACAGCAUCAUGGAUUCUACUAUCAAUUGCCGGACUAACGGCAGUUUGUUCGAUGUGUCGCAUAUGUGUGGGCUGAGCUUGAAAGGCCCAGAUGCCAUUGAUUUCUUGGAGACGCUUGUUGUCGCCGACAUCAAAGGCCUCGCCAAUGGUACCGGCACGCUCUCCGUCUUUACGAACGAGAAUGGUGGAGUGAUCGAUGACACUGUCAUCACAAAGGUGACAGAUGACCACAUCUACCUGGUUGUCAAUGCCGGGUGCCGGGACAAGGAUUUAGCCCAUCUCGAGAAGUAUUUGAAGCCCUUUCUGGCCUCAGGGAAGUCGGUCGGGUGGCACAUUCACGAUGAGCGCUCCCUGUUGGCUUUGCAGGGUCCUCUGGCGGGCGAAGUUCUGCAAAAACUCACCAAGGAGGAUCUCAGCAAGAUGUAUUUCAGUGACUUCAAGAUUAUUGACAUCAAUGGCUCCGAGUGCUUCCUUACCCGCACAGGUUACACAGGUGAAGAUGGUUUCGAAAUUUCAGUGCCAGAUGAAUCUGCGCUGGAUUUGACCAAGGCCAUCAUGGAUAAGGCUCCGGGGAAGCUCCGCUUAACAGGACUGGGAGCUAGGGACAGUCUUCGUCUUGAAGCUGGUCUGUGCUUAUACGGCAACGACCUAGAGCAGCACAUCAGUCCCAUUGAAGCAGGACUUGCAUGGACUGUAGGCAAGAGACGCCGAGCAGAAGGCAACUUUUUGGGAGCUGAACCAAUCCUACGUCAAAUCAAGGAUGGUGUGUCUAGGCGUAGAGUUGGUUUCAUCUCUACUGGUGCACCAGCACGAGCUCACAGCGAGAUUCUCGACCUUGAGGGAAAGAACAUCGGGGAGAUCACCAGUGGUGGAUUCAGCCCUUGCUUGAAGAAGAACAUAUCCAUGGGCUACAUUGCAACCGGGCAUCACAAGAACAACACCCAGGUCAAGGUCACAGUGCGAUCCAAGUCAUACGACGCCGUAGUCACCAAGAUGCCGUUCGUGCCCUCCAAGUACUACAAGCCACCACAAUAAUCUGAUUCUGUCAAAUCCGCUGCAACUCUCGCCAACCUUCCUACGCACACUCUUCACACUAUUAGUAUGCAGGAGUUGGAAAGUAGAGUUGGACAAGAGGUGUAUAUAUUCCUCAAACAGGAAGCCUUGCAAAUUUGCAUUUAGUUGCCCUGGGGAGAGAAGGCUUCUAGUUGCUUCGUUUGUAUGAAGAACAGUAUUGUAACUUACAAAUUGCAUUUGCUUCGAUCUGAACAGAGUCAAUGGUCUAGCUUU